AUGCCGGCAAUUGAAAUCCCCGCCCACGACCACGCGCGCGUCCAGAUGGAAGAGAGCACGCAAGUCGUCUGCCGGGAAGGGACCAUGUUCAGGGAGAUAGACGGAGCACACAGUGAGAGGAUGAGGAGCCAGAUGGAGACGCACCGCCACCGCCUCGGCAUUGCGGAGGGGGGGCAGCGCGCGCUGAUGGUGCGGGAUGGUAGACAGGAUGAGGAGAGCAACACCACCCCCACGAGUGUCCCGGUCCCAGCGAUAGAUGACGUACCCAGGCACGGAGAAGGGGAGAUCGGGUUUGAGCCAUGUCUCAGAGAGGAGGACAAGGGCAGGCCGUUCAGUGGACAGGAAAGGACAAACUUAAGCUGCUGGGAGCACAGUCCGGAGGAAGUGGAAAAUGGACUGGAAGUAAAUGUCGGCCUGGAGAAGAGGGGUAGGAGCCUGAGAGAUGCGGAAGAUGGCAUCGGCAAAGAACGGCAGCCACGGGAGGAGAUUCAGCCGGAGAGGAAUCAGAAGGGAGGACAGGCGCGGGGGGGCAGUCCGAAGGGACUGGCAGGGGGGCAGGAGCCGGAGCAGGAGCUGCAGCGAGGGAGGAAGCAGCGGGCAGCUGCACAGCCCGCGAGCCCUCCUCAGCCCUCGAGUCCAAAGGCGCCCUCGACACCGGGGGACACGCCGGCUGCACCAGGCCGGGAGGAGCGAGGGAAGGCGAAACACCCGCAGCAGUGGUGGGAGCAGGAGGAGGGGCGCGCAACAAGACAGAAGAAGAGUCAACUGGAGGUGGACCAGGCACGGAACAAAAGAGAGAGGGUAGCUGGGGCGCAGGGGGGACCGGGGCCAAAGGUGGGCACGGGGAACGCGCCGCAGGUUGGCCAGCCACUAGCCCAGCGUAGGAAACGGCAGAGGGGCAUGACGGAAGAGAGAACGAAGGGAGCGGCGGGAACAUGUCCUCGUGCGGCCGGCGCUGGAACUGAAGCGGAGCACGGGGCUGCCGAGGAGGCGCCGCAGAGGCGUCCUGGCCCGGCGGACGAGGCUUUGGUCCCUGGCGACGCAGCUGCCCCUCGAUGA